AUGUAAAAAAAAGAAUAGAACAAAAUUAUACUAUUAUAAAAAAAUCACUUUUUACAUGGAAGAGAAGAAAUUCUAACAGAUAUAAUCAUUAAAUAUGCAAAUUAAUAAUUUAGUUUCAAAGCAUAUAAUUAGAAAAUCCAUUUUUCAUAUGAAGAAUUUCUAUAAACAAUCAAAAUUCUUUCAUAAACUAAUUCCAAAAUAUUUGGUUGUUAUAAUGAGAUUUAACAAAGUAAGACAGAUGAAGAAGAAAUAUAAAAUAUUUAAUCAGCUUUACAAUAUUAUUAAGACAUUUUCAUAUAUAAAGAUAAUCAAAUUUUGUUAAUUGAUGAAUAUCAAAAAUAUUAGAGAUUGGAGUUAAAAAGUAAGAUAUUAAAAGAAAAAUAAAAGAUGUUGCCUAUUUCUAAUUUUUAUAAAAAGAAAAACAUCUAAUUAGCUAAAUUCCAACCGUUAACUAUAAUAAAAUUAGAAUAAGAUUAUUGUAUAUUAUACUAAACAUGCAAUUAAUAUUAUCUCAAAUUCCAGUAAUCUAAAAGAAUUACUAAUAAACUUAAAAUAUUACCUAUAGUAUAAUAAAAAUUUGGGAAGAUUAAUAAGGAUAAUUUUUAUGAUAUAUUCUCAAUUCAAAAUGAACAACUUGACUAUUCUGAUUAUAUUUAUAAUCUUCUCUAAAAUGUUAGAGAACUUAAAAUAGAUAAUAAAUUUCUAUCUGCUGUAAUUCGAAUUUAAAGAUUUGUGCUUAAAAGAUAAUUCAAAUUUAAGUUGUCUAUAAUUUAUAAGAAAUAAAAGCAUUAAAUUUUAUGGAGAAAAUCUUUAAUUUGGGAAGGCAGUGCUUUUUUUCUUCUUAUAACAUUGAAUCGAGAUAUUCAUAAUAAUUAAACAAUAUCUAUUGAAGGAAAAUAAUUGGAUCAUUCUUUAGGAAGAGAUGUUUAUGGAUUUUAACAAAAAUUAUUUUUACAAUAUGAUAUGAGAGAUAUAUUAAUUACAUCCAAUAAAAUGUUAUAAUAAGUUGAAAUUGUACAUGAUGGAUCAAAUUUGAGACUUAAAUCAGAAUAAUUUGAUUAAAUAUAUGGUAAAAUAUUCUAAUAUGAAAAUUUUGAUAUAGAGCAAACAUUGAAUUUAAGAAUUCAAUAGUCAAAUUCAUAUAGAAAUUAAUAUAUUUAAAAUGGGUUUCUUAAUCAUUUACCAAUUAAUAAUUCAGAAUAAAAUAAACUUGAUUCAAAAAAAAUUAAAAUCCUAUUUAAAGUUUUUUAUUUUUAUUAUAGGAAACAUAAACUAUUAAAUAUUAUCAAAUAUACCUCAAAAGAUAUUAGAUCAUUUCCUAUUUAUUUUUUAACUGAAUCAGAAAUGGCAAACUUAACUAAUAAUAAAGAAUAAGAUACAAUUAUGUAAUAACAUUCAGAAAUAGAAAUACAUGAAAUAAAAUAUAAAAGUCUCGAAUAUCAAACAAAUCUUAAAGAAUUAGAUUUUAUUCAUUCAAUAAUAUUUGAAUAAGAUAACAUCCAAAAUUACUAAUAUAAAGUAAGUAUUUAUAAUUCUAAAGAAUUCUUCAAAGAAUUGAUAUUGUAAAUUUAAAAUAUAAAUUUAUUCCAUAAAUUUGUUAUUUUAAGCAUUACAAAUAUGAAGUUUAACAAAAAGUUGAUAGAAAUUGUUAAUUAAAUAGAUUCUACUUUAGUUUUAAAUUCAUUUCAUUUUAAUAAUGAUAUUUUGUAGGAAAUAGUAAAAAAUCUUAUGAUUUUCAAAAUUCAAAGAAGAGUUAGAUUCUUCUAAUUUAUUUAGCAUUAUCAUAUGAGAAAUUCAAAUUUUCUAUUAAGAAUCUCAUAUAUAUUUUCUUAAAAUCAAUAUUACAAAAUAAUCUUCAGAUAUAAAAAUAAUAAAAUUAGAAUAAUUUUUAAUUAAUAAUUAGCUUUGUUAGAUUUAGUUAAGUUAGCAAACUUUUAUUCCUUAACUAAAUCACAAUAAUCAUUCUAUUAGAUACCAAGCUUUUCAUAAUUCUUAAACAUUUAAAACUCAACUAAUUAAAAUGAUUAUAGAUUUAAAUUAAGUAAAUUAAUCAAUUUUCUCGAAAGCAUUAUUAAGAUCAGACAUAAUUCCUUAUAUUUUUCUUUAAAAUUGCCAAUAUCUCAGAAUAAAUAAAAAUGUCUUAAAUCAAAAUCUUAUACACCAAACUAAGUUUUAAAUCAAAAAAUAAUAAUCAUUUAAAGAUUCUAUAGAUUAAUAUUAACUUAAUCUUUUUUUAAAUUACUUUUAAAAGCACAAUCAAAAAAGUAAAAUAAGUUGAGACAUUAAUGUAUAAGAAAAAUUAGAGGAAAAUAUUAUAAUAUUUUUUGUUAUGAAAUAUCUUCAAAUGAACUUUUAACUAAAGUAAUUCAAUAUAAAGAUAUGAGUAAUAAUUUCUAAAAGAGUUUCAAAUUUAAAGAAUCUGAUUUUAUAAAUUUUCAACAAAUGAACAAAUAUUAAUUCUUUGCCAAUUGCAUAGAUUUGGUUAAUGGUGAGAUUCAAUACAUUUUAGAGAAUUAUUAAGUGUAAAAAUCUAAUGAAGAUAUUUAGAAUGAUUGUGAAUAUUAAACCUUAUAAGAUUAAUCAUAUCAUAGAUAGAUUCGAUCAAGAUUAAUAAAUACUAAAAGAGAAAGAAAUGUAUUAUAUAAUGUUGUUUAUUCAAAUCGAAAGAUAAUUAAUUCUUCUUGUGAUUCAUUUUUAAUAAAUAUCAACUUAAAAUAAAUGAGAAAUGUGUAUCAUUCUGAAGAUAAACAUACCUUAAUUAAAAAUGUAGCAGAAACAAGUCUAGAUAAUAUUAAAUAUGAAAAUAACAAUCUAAAAGUAAAUAUAUCUAAGAUUAUACCUGAAAAACUGAAAUUCUCUUAAAAACCUAGAUUUUAAGCUUGUUAAAAAAUAUUAAAGUAAAAAGCCCAGGUAGAGGUCUUGUAUAAGACAACUUAAAGAUUUGAAAAUCAAAAGUAUUUAUUAUAAAUUUAAUUUGUAAUCGAGUAGGCCAGAUCAAUAAUACCAAUAGAGAAGGAUAACCAUUUUGGAUUAUUCUAAACAGAAUUUAAAAUUUUAGCCAUUAAUAUGAAAACAAAGUUAGAAAUAAAUUGGAAUAUAUCAUUUGAAAAUGCAAUAACUUUAACAUCUAAAACAUAAAAAGAAGAAAUAACAAAUGCUAUAAUUUCAAACCUUUCUUUAUUAAAUGAUAGAUUCUUAUUUGUGACAUCUAAAACAGAAUUUAAAGUUGAAAAUGUUAUAUUUAUUAACUUAAAGUGUAUUCAUGCAAUUUAAAAAGUUUGUAGAACAAGAAAGUUUAAUAAAAAUUAUUAAAUGUACAAGUAUAUUAAAAAGGUGAAAUCUCAAAUUAUACUUCAUACUACUUAUUAAGAUUAUAUCAUAAUAUUUUAAAUUUCAAGUUAAAUAAUAUAUAAUUAGUCUAUUAUGUUAUUUAUAUGGGAAUUGUAGAAUUUUAACAUGAAAAAAAUUGAAGUGUAAUUAAAAAAAGUAUGAUAUAAAUAACAAAUCUAGUAUUUACAUUUUUGGAACAUAAGUCCCUAAGCUUUUGCUAAAGCUCUUUUACAUUUAAUAGUAAUUACAAAUGAUAGAAUAUUUUUUAAAAAGUUUAAUGAAUUAGAAUUCUAGAAUAAAUUUGAAAGAUAUUUGAACUGA